AUGGAGAUGGAUACGCCGGUGCUGAACGUUGAGGAGGAAUACAUCAGCACGCUGCACACGCGAUCCAACGCGCGGUUCUUCGCGGGGAAGCAGCAGUCGAUCGGGAGGGAAUCAAUGGAGGCGCGGUUUGAUCCGCAGCAGCAGGACGUCGUCCCCGCGGACGUGCAGAGGAUGAUUCACCGGAGAACGUCCUCCGAGAUCGAGCUGGCAAUGGCGGGAUACUUUGACGCCAGCGACGAGGCGUCGGAGAUCUGCAGGCAGCUGCUGGUGAACAUCAAGAACGCCCAAAGCAACUACCUGUCCAUGGACAGCUUCCUUGCAAGCAUCUCGGACAGCGUCGCCGUCGCCGCCGCCGCCUAUGCCGGUGCCGACGCGACGACUUCUCGGCUUGCACUCAAGCCUUUCGCCGCCAGAAGCAACCCGUUCAGCGCCGCCACGCGAAGCAACUUCCGGCGCAUCCAUGACAGGUACUCGUCGAUCCUCCACGCCAUCAAGUCGAGCCACGGGAAGGUGGCGAGGAAGCUGAGGCUCGCCAGAGCGGUCAAGAAGGUCUCCCGGACGUGCCUCGUCGUGGCCUGCGGCGCCGUGGCCGCCGCCUCCAUCGCCGUGGCGGCGCACCUGCUGUUCCUCAGCCUCCUCGUCGGGCCCGCGGCGGCGGCGCUGUGCCCCAUGGCGCUGAAGCGGAGGGUGACGUCGGCCCUCGCCGGCCGCGCCGCGAGGCGGUCCAGGACCGGGUCGCUGCUGCGGCUGCAGGAGCAGCUCGACACGGCGGCCAAGGGCACGUACGUGCUGGGCAGGGACCUCGACACGGUGAGCCACCUAGUGGCGCGGCUCUCCGACGGCAUCGAGAGGGAGAACGCCAUGGCGUGGUGCUGCGCGGAGAGGGUGGCCGCCGACGGCGGCGGCGGCGGCAGGUUCCCGGUGCAGGAGAUGGUGAACGAGCUGAGGAGGAGCUGCUCGAGCUCGAGGAAGCUGGCCGAGGAGCUGGAGGAGCACGUGUGCCUGUGCCUCGCCACCAUCCAUAGGGCUAGAGUUCUGGUGAUCAGAGAGAUCUCCAAGCAAGCUUAA